AGUGUCGGGAUGUCCCGCCAGUGAUCACUGACACGGAUCUAAUCCACUUUUGAUGAACUGUGUUAAUAGACUCCCCGUGGUCAUUAUCAAAGAGAGUCAUUUCUAUUCAUUUCUCCGCGCACACGACCCUCAAACACCCACCCGUCAUUACGCGUGCACUUUCCUCCUUAAAUAGAGCUCUUCUGUCGUCUGGGGUGUCAGUCCAUCCCCUAGAGACCAGCAUGCCCCGUCCAGACGCGCAGUUCAUCUGGAGAGAGACCGACGGAGCCCGGCGGAGCUGUGACCCGUGCGCUCUCGUCCAGCAGCUCCGCCUCUCCGGAUUCGGGCAUCCCGCUAAAGAGCAGAGCGCCAUCGCCCGAACGCGGAGACGCCGCCGACUGGCAGCUAACGCCCGCGAGAGGAGGAGGAUGCUCGGCUUAAACGUGGCCUUCGACCGCCUGAGGAGCGUCAUUCCUAACGUGGAGAGCGAGCGGAAGCUGUCCAAGUCUGAGACGCUUCAGAUGGCGCAGAUCUACAUCAGCACUCUGAGCGAGCUUCUGGAAGGCGGCAGCUGUGACCCGGAAUUCACUUACCCGACUGUACUGAUGGGUGUGCAGGAGGAGCAGGUGAUGGGGAAGAGUUCACUGGAAGCUGCAGGAGGUGAAGAGACCAAACAAGAGCAGAAAUCUGUUCCCACCUGCAGGAGAAAUUCAUAUGGUGGGAACUUCGGGCGUGCACCCUGCUGUGACCCUAAAACACCUGAACUCUUACAGAUGAUCUCACUGGAGAGAAGCAAUGGAGCCAAAUAACACUGACCCUUCAUUCGGAGUUUGUUGUUCUAUUUAACAUGAUG